AUGAAUACUAUCAGCUUCCAACAACCAGCACGUCGGCCUUCGUGGAUUUCUCCAAUAACGACUCCAGAUGGCGGGAGAAGACCUAGCUGGACACCAAACCCCCCGUCAGAACUAUUCCAACGUGUUGAAGAAAGUGAUUCCAUGUCCGAAUCUGAAGGAACGACUGACUCGGAGCCUCCUUCCGCACCGAGCUCAGACUCGUCCAAUAUAUUCAAGAAAUGCAUGCAAAUUGACAUGAAAAUGCUGGUAGGAGACGCGGUGGGAAAUAUGAGUAUAUCACCUACCAAACGAGACAUAGUUCUCGCUGCUCGAAGGGGUUUGUUCAUCAUCGACCUCUCCUCUCCCUUGAGUGUUCCCCGAUUCUUGCCUCAAGGUGGAACAUGGGAUGUUGCAGACGUUCAAUGGAAUCCGCAUGUCAGUCGAGCAGAGUAUAUUGUCAGCACCAGUUCAGAGAAGCUCCUUAUUUGGAACCUGCUCGUCAACUCUGGACCAACUUCCAACAUCGAACACAUACUCCGGGGUCACUAUCGAGCUAUAACCGAUAUCAAUUGGCAUCCUCAAACCUCAGAGCGCGAUUUGGUGGUCAGUACUGGGGUUGACUCCUGGCUGUGGGCCUGGGAUCUCCGUGCCGCGAGACACGGACGAGCUGUGUUUGGGUUUAGCGCAUUUAACGCGGGAGGGACUCAAGUCAAAUGGAAUCGUCAAGACCCACAUAUGCUUGCCUCUAGUCACGGAGGUGAAGUGCUCAUAUGGGACCGCAGGAAAGGCUCUCUUCCAGUGACUCGCUUGCAUGCACAUCGGUCAAAAAUCUAUGGUAUCGAUUGGAGUAGGACCAGUCGCGAUGAACUCGUCACUUGUGCCCUGGAUGGUACCAUCAAGUUGUGGGAUCUUGCAGCAUGCCAGGACUCUAACACUAGUUGUUCUUGUGAUCCAGACUGUGAUUCUGGCUCCACCCCAAAACCAGUGCAGACUAUUCGCACUGCUCAUCCAGUUUGGCGAGCCCGUCACUUGCCUUUUGGACGAGGUGUUUUGAGUCUGCCGCAACGCGGAGGCACAACUCUCGGAAUGUAUGCCCUGGGAGCAGAUCACCUCUCUAGUGGACCACAACCAGUGCUCUCACACAGUCGUGCUGGCAGCUGGAUUGGCGAUCAGCCCGUUGAAGUAUUUGAAGGACAUACAGAUGUUGUCAAAGAUCAAGACGGAACGACGUUUCAGCUCAUCACCUGGUCUAAAGACCGAACACUAAAGUUUUGGCCUGUAGAUGAAGAGAUGAUGCAGAAAGUCGGCCACAUACGCUCAGAUACCGAGGAGCCCUCAAUCGUUGCUGAGCAGGACCAUAAAGCGUCUUUCUCCUUUAGGAACCCACCAAUUCCAGAGGCUAGUGAAGACUCCGUAUCGAGUGUCAGUGGGGGCGCUGUUGCAUCUAUGGCUUUACUUUCUGCGCCGAUCGGUGCUCGGAUGAUCCUUGCUGGGGUUCGCGCUGGCGCCGCAGUGGUACAACUCCCCGAUUCUGUCGAUGCCAGGCGACACCCGCGCCCACCACCAGAACUUGUCCCAAAACAGGAAUCGUCGAUCCCGUUGCUUGGAUAUCUGGCGUUAAAGAAGUGGUGGGAAGUGUUACCGGUGAACGAAGUAGCUCUAGGGGGCGCCGCCGGCGGCAGCAGUGGAGGUUUAAGUGAGAUCGAACGCGGAGACAGUUUGGCUGUUGGAAGGAAACGAAGUGACAGUCGAGGUGCCCGAGGAGACGAAGGACAAAGCCUCCAGGACGAGUUAACAUCGGUGAUCAACAAACUAGUUUCUGCCAAAAUCAAGUUGGAGAAGCACGAUCUAACAAAAAAGCGGACGUGCACUCUUGGGCUACACGGUCCUUGGGGCGAGUCAUCCUCGGUUUUUAUCAGGGUCACGUUCACGUUUCCAAGAGACUAUCCUCAUGGGCUUCACCCUCGAGGAACUCCAACUGUGGAGCUUGAACGAAACCCACUCAUUUCUCUCAAAAACCGUGCAUUCAUUCUGCGCCGCCUACGUAACAUCCGUGAACAACAGAGGCCUUGUCUCGAGUCGUGUCUUCGUUUUCUCAGUGAGGGCGAGAUGGGUGCAUUGUACACCAUGGAAUCUUCAUCGGACGAAGAGGGCAAACAGACGAGCAAGUCACGAAACGUCACCGUCUCUCUGAUGCGGAGUCACAAGAACCUGACUGAACCACGGACUUCGCAAGGAACCUUCGGACCAAAUGGCGAGCUUGUCUGUUUCUUUAGGACGCCUCCAAGGAUUGUGCAACACAUUUUACGUGAUCCGUUAAUCACUGUCUCUUCUUCGCCAGCGCCAACGACUUCAGACUUGUUGCCAGGUCACGAUAGCUUAGAAGCUAGCUCAGACCAAGCUCAGACGCGACAAUCCCGCUCACCGGCCCUUAUUGCCGAUGCCGUGCGACGGUUGACAUUGGCGGCCACUGACCGUAUCGCAAAGCCACUCGACCCUCGACAACCUCCACAAGGAGAUCAUAUUCUUAGAAUCAUGACAAACCUGCUCACAUUUUCUCAUGAUCCCCCCCGCCAUCGCGAGUCGGAAACUUCGCGACAGAGGGGUGAAGAUGCAUUCCUCAAUGGGCGCCUACCAAACCCGCCACCCCUGCGACGAAGUACUGUUUUCAUCACGGGUACCUCUCAUAUCUCUGGUGCUGAUCGCAAGGUCGCUUCCGAGUACAUUUUCCAAGACAAGACACUCGCAAUCCUUUGUCAGCGCAAUGCAGAGGUUGCCAGAGUUCAUGGCCGAAGUGACCAUGAACGAAUAUUCAAAAUCCUCCAAGCCUUGUUCCCUGCAUUUGGAGUGUAUCCGGGUGUGACUGGAGCCAACGACCUCGUCAUCAAAAUGAUUCACCGACUGCACGAGGAGCUAUGUGAUUUGAAAGAUCUGCAAAUGCUCGCUAUGCUUUCAGUUGUUGUCCUUCAAGGCUGCAAGCAAGUUGUCCCACCUAUUCAAUCUCCACCACUCCAUGGUACACCAACGCCAAGGAAUGGUCCUGUUGAUUAUUUCAAUCUUACACGUUCAACAUCUGUGGGCGGUCCACCGAGCCCCAGUUCUCCUUCCUGGUCUCGACCUCCUCAGCCAGCGUUAUCUACCUCAGGCUCUUCCCGUGGAUCUUGGUCUAGUCUUUUCAAUGCUGGGACUAUGCGUCAGUUCGUGUCCGGGGUACAAGAUUCUUUCAUGACCCCCUCCGAAUUGCCUUCUUCCAAGGACUCAUCAAGAAGGCAUCACUGGCGCGACGCCCAUAGCGGCCUUGUGUCACCGUCUACCGUCUCUCGAUCGUGGAACGAGACAACAUCCCCAGGAAUAAAACAGAUGGCCGUCUCAUUUUCAUCAGCAGGGCACAAAAGGGUGCCGUUCGUAUCCCCCUCCUCCCCAUGCUAUUCACGAGUCUCGGGUGGUGGUUUACGAUGUUCCUAUGCGAGACGACGACAAGUAUUGUUUUCAUCAACUCUGGCCUUCCCGGACCAAAAGCUGACAGAAUUUGUGAACCACAUCCAUCUAUACGCCGACGUUCUUUUCUGCUGGAAGCUGCAUUCUAAACGCCUAGAGUUGCUCAAGUCGAUUGAGUUGACUGUUCCAGCGGUGGACAGCCAACACGACAUAGGUAUGUCUCGAAUUCGCUGCAUGAUAGCUAUUCAACCAGCGCUUGAAGGAAUUAUACGCUGUUGUUCAGUAUGCAAUGAGGCGCUGGCGGCUGACAAGAAUAUAUGCCCCAGUUGUUUCAGAACCUCCAGCAUGCCACACUGCACCAUUUGUCGACUUCCAGUCAAAGGUACGCUUCCAUCCAGUCAUCUGUUCUUUAAGUAA